AUGGAUGGUCUCUCGGUCGGGAUUCGACGCUCUGCUUUCGAGAAGUUGGCGGCCUUGGCAGUCAAGUCUCCUGGCAAUGACGAUGGUUCGGACCUUGCGCGCCUCGCCAAACAGACCCGACUGGCUCGCCAGCCGGAUGGAGCUUUGAAUGGAGUAUUGAAAGAGCAGGCUCCGACUUCCCGGAUUCCAAUGGGAAUACGCGAACUCGAUGUCCUACUCGCCCUAUGCAAGGCUGCCUCCUCCGUGAACGAUCCUGAACAUGCCAAUCGUCUGGCCUCCCAAUUGUCCCGAUACCUGCCAGAGUCCCCUACUCAGCUGUUUCGCCCAUCCCCGUUCCUCCACCAGGUCAAGCCCUCGCCGUGGGAGAUUCUCUCUCAUAGUCUGACCACGGCACUUUUGUCCUUGGCCACUCAGUUUCCAUCAUUGCGCAAAGUAGUCCUCAAUGCAGUCAGCGGAUACCUCAAGAACUGCUCCGAUGCCGUCAAUGCGGUCACCCCGUUUCAAUACUCUUCAUCCGAAGCGAGUGGCCGAGGUGUGGUUCACGAAUCUAUCGCAGUCUUGUCGAUUGCGGUGUCGUUGGCUGGAUUCCUAGAGGCAUCCGCCAAGUACACUGUCAUCUGGACUGCGGGAGAAAAGUUGCAAAUCAUCGAUGGAUUGCGAUCAAUGCUUUCCGAGUCGUUCAUGAUUGCCGUUGAAACUGCUUCGUCGACAGUUCGUAAUGCCAGCCACUCUGAACACUCCAUCAAGGAUUGGAGAAAGUAUACGAGACGAUAUGCAGCCCAUGGGCGCCCGUUGGGGGCCAUGCUAGUGCAAGAGGGCUUCAUGCGCUUUGUCAAGUCAUGCGCCGCUUCCUUGAUCGGUUCGCAGAAUCUGUCUGACGACCAGCUUUUGGAUGAAUACAUGGCUGGUGUCGGGAUCGCCAAGAGUUACGAUGAAGCUGACAUUGCUCUAAUUGAGCGUGUUACAAAUCUGAUUAGUGAGGAGAUCAACUUGCUGGAGGAUGGAUCGGACUAUCUUCAAGUUGGGUCUCCCUCUCAGCAGCGGCUGGCCUUUUCUGUGAAGGGUCAUGCCCUAGUUGGAUUCUUGAAUUGCGUUGUUCUCGGUGAAGAUGCUGCCAACAAUGACGUCCUCCUCUCCUGGCUUGAGACUACUGUCGGAGAUCCUCAGCAGAUGGCAUGCGACGAACUUGCCAUCACUGCGCUUAAGUGCACAGCGAUUCUCGCCAGAAUGUCUUCGAACGGGGCCACGCUUGGACGACGCUGCCUCUUGAAGUACUUAGUUCACGGUCGCGCAUCAAAGGGCUCUGUUGUCGCUGUGGCAUCUCGAUGUCUCGCCCAAAUCCUGAGCAUUCUCUCUGAGGAUUCGGUGAUUGCAACUUUGUACUCUUUGGGCAACUCACUGAGCCCCGGCCCCAUGGCCGACGGAACGUUUCAAGAUCAUCUUCUUGCCGAUACUACCGGGAUCACGGGAAAUCUGGUAGCCUACGCACAUGCCGGGAAUGCAAGCCAAGCAACACUCUCAGCCCUCGGCGAGGAAGAAACUCUGACCAAUCGUAAUGUCGUCCAUGCCAUUGUCAUUAUUGCAACCAGUUGCAACGAUGACAAGAUCAGCGCUCUUGCACAGUCGAUGCUUCUCCAAAAGGUCGGCAAGAUCAAUGUCUCCGUAGAUGCUUUCAUCAUUCAGGAAGCCGCCGUGCUUGCUUUGAGCAGCGGGCAGGCUGAAUUCCAGUUGCUGCUGAAAUUCUACACCCGCAUCUACCUUGACGGAGUCCACAAAGGUCUGGACAUGAUCACUGAUGCUGUUCAGUGUGCCAUGUCGUAUCUCUCUUUGACACUGGACAGCAAAUCUCCCUUGCACAAGCUUUAUCUGACCCACCUACUGGAAAGUGUUGUCAACAAGGGAGAUGUCCCCGAUGCGGGCGAGUUCGAACGCCAUAGGGAGGUUGUUUUUGCUCAUGGUGACAUUACGCCCCUCUUGAAACCAUUGGCACUGCUUGUGUCCUCUAAGAAGGCCACCGCGGAUACUUACAAUUUGACUUUGGGUUAUGACGAGACCGUCUGCUCUCUAUUCCGUGAUGCCUGGUUCAACAUCGCUAUUCACGGAAUCUCGGUCAACUCGAGCGUUUACCAGAAGCAUCUCAAGGAAUUGAGCCUGCUCGCAAGCCACUCCCCGCCAUUGGUUGCGGAAGAGCGCAUGGAGUCUCUCGAGAGUGACGUGGAGCUCAACACGGUACUCAGGAGGGGCAUGGGACCGCAGCGGGUUCUGGAGCAGAAACGCUCCCUGAUCGCGGAGCUGCCAGGUCGUGAGUCUGAUAUCAAGCGUCUGGACUACCCCAGGUCGGUGUUCCUCAAUGCUGUCUUGCUGGUCGAAACUCUCCGUUCGGCGUCUGGUGACUGCACCAAGGUUCUCAGCUACUUCCGGGAUCCAGCCGUGGCUGCACCUGAGAUGGUCAUUUGCAUGAAUGCCGUUGCCGACAAGGUCGUGACCUGCUACCUUUCGCGCACACUUUCGGGCGAUUAUGACGAGUUCUCGGCGCCCUACCUAGCGAUGCAGCUGGCCAAUUUCCUAACUGCUUGCUGCCAUCGCAUUGAGAGGAUUCAACACAUAGCGACGCUGUGUACCGACAAGAUCAUCCGCGAGUGCCCUUCUGCCCUUUGCGAGAAGCACUCGCUCUUUGCGCUUCUCGAGAUUCUGACCGUGAUGUGGUUGUCCUGCCUCCAAGGAGAGCUUGACGAAUUUGAAUGGAAGCCAACAUUAGUGUCCCCAAUGGGCAUCGUCAAAGUCGAUCUGCCUGAUAAUUAUGCCCUACGAAAGGCCACCCUGAAUCGAUUCUUGGAGCGAGCCAGAACAUGGGUUACAACAGUCUUGAACAUUGCCCCGCUGGAUAUCAAGGGACUGCUGCAGACAUACCUCUCUGAAUACGACGACGACGGCGGCUAUGGCCAUAUUUCACUGGGCCGCUCAUUCGCCCUUGAAAUGGGUUCCCUCAUUCCGCACAGUGAUCCUCGUCUCGGUUCUAUUGAUAGCCAUGAGAGUGAAGUCAAUGUUGCAUCUGACUUUAUGGCGCUCUACACUACACGCCAGAAGUACCGUCGUCCGGAUAUCUCGUUACUUGACAGUGCCGAUGGCCUGGUCUUUGGUAUUGACGGCCGUAAGCCCGAAGUGGACUUCUCAACCGAAUCUGGCAAUGCUCUCGAAUAUUCUCUGGCUCGCCUUUAUGGACGUAGCAUGAAAGGAGAAGAAAUUCCACUGGUCGAAGUGAGGGAUGCUCUGCGCCAAGCUGCGCGUCUCAUAUGCAGCAGUAGCAGCCCUCGACUUUCCGUUGUUCACUACCUGGUGGCUUUACCGUUCCAGAUCUUCACCAAGGAUACGAUCAAGCUGGGCGUCUCAUUGUGGCUUGGUGUGAUUCACGAGAACCCAAGUGUUGAGCCACGUAUCUUAGCACAUGUAGUCGAGGCUUGGGAUAAAAGCAUCCAGAGACGUCAAGGCUUGUUCGAUCCGACUUUCGAUUACUUGGAUCCGCUGCAGACCAAGAUUGAAUUACUUCCUACAGACAAAGCAUCAAUGCUUAAGAAGCAACAGGACGCGCAGAACACCCUUUCGCCACAUUUGCGCGUGCUUCAAUUCUUCGAGAGCCACUUUAGCGCUGUACGCUUAGGCAAUCUCCAGGACCAGCAGUUGUUCUGUCGCCUGAUCAGCAAUACGCUCGUGGCACUUACGAAGACGAAGGGCCAUCCUUUGGCCAGAGAGAUCCACUUCCGCAUUGUUCUCUUUGGUUUGCGCAUUUUGCAACACCUAAACCCACGUAACAGUCCCGCCACCUGGAAGCUCAAGGAUCAGAUUUUAUCUGCUGCAUUGAGUUGGUUCCAGCACACACCACGAUGGUCAUUCGGCGGUAAUCGCUUGCAGAUAAAGGCGGAAGACAAGGUGCUCAAUGAUGUGCUUUUCGCUAUGCGGAAUGUCGCAGACAUCGCUACCCAAGUCCAGGGAUCGUACAAGUCGUUACAGGCAAAGCAGGAGCUUACCCAACUCCUCAUCGAGAACGAGAGGUCCCGUCUUCGAGUUUGGCUGUUCCCCUUGGAGCCCGAGCGGAAGCACCACAUACCCUCGAUUGGUGGCGGCAAGAACUCUACCGAUGCCAUUACGACCUAUCUCCGACUUGCUUGGGCUGAGAGCCCGGGUCUAGCCAUUCAGCUCGCUACGCGAUUCCCAUCAAUUAAGAUGCAAGCCGAGAUUCGUUGGCUGAUUCUCAAUUUCCCCGAGAAGGCCACUCGUGAACCAAGCGCUUUGGAAAUCAUGUUCGACUCAUCGCUGCCGGCUGAUGUCAACUUCCAGCUAAAGUAUCUCUUGUUCUGGGCACCUGUGAACCCAACAGAGGCGCUCACUUACUUCCUUCCCGCAUAUGGAAACCAUCCGUUCAUUCUCCAGUACGCUAUGCGCGCCCUAGAGAGCCAUUCCAUGGAUAUUCGUUUCUACAUUGUACCCCAGCUAGUACAGGCUCUUCGAUACGAUGCUCUGGGUUAUGUUGAACGAUACACCCUCGAAACAGCGAAGCAAUCUCAGCUAUUUGCCCACCAAGUGAUUUGGAACAUGAAGGCCAAUUCCUAUAAGGACGAGGACUCGCAAGUGCCGGAUCCAAUCAAACCAACUCUGGAUCGAUUCCUGGAGGCCCUGAUCUCGAGCUUCACAAUCGAAGAACGCGACUUUUACGAGCGAGAGUUUUCAUUCUUCAACGAGAUCACCGGCAUAUCUGGUAAGCUCCGUCCGUAUAUCAAGCGAAGCAAGCCCGAGAAAAAGGAAAAGAUCGAAGAGGAGCUGCGCAAGAUCAAGGUUGAGGUCGGCGUGUAUCUGCCCAGUAACCCCGACGGUGUUGUCGUCGGUAUCGAUCGCAAGUCCGGAAAGCCAUUACAGAGUCACGCCAAGGCUCCAUACAUGGCGACCUUCCGGAUCCAAAAGACCCGGGUCCGUCUCGAAGGCAAGCGUGAUUCAGUCAAGGCUAUUGUUAAAGGGUCCGACCAGCGCCAGUUGGCGAGUCAUCCGGCUGAGCUGGAGCUGGAAACCUACGAAGUCUGGCAGUCAGCCAUUUUCAAAGUCGGUGACGACUGUCGUCAAGAUAUGCUUGCUCUGCAGAUGAUCGCGGCCUUCCGAAGCAUCUUCUCCAGCGUUGGCCUGGACGUCUGGGUAUUCCCUUACCGUGUGACCUCCACUGCACCAGGCUGUGGUGUAAUCGACGUUCUGCCAAACUCGAUCUCCCGUGACAUGCUUGGCCGCGAAGCCGUCAACGGAUUGUACGAUUACUUCGUCUCCAAAUACGGCGGCGAAGACUCGAUCCGCUUCCAAGAGGCUCGCACCAACUUUGUCAAGAGUAUGGCCGCAUACUCCGUGAUCUCGUAUCUACUUCAAUUCAAGGACCGUCACAACGGUAACAUCAUGGUUGACGACGCAGGCCAUAUCAUCCACAUCGACUUCGGCUUCUGCUUCGACAUCGCUCCUGGUGGUGUGCGCUUCGAGCGUGCGCCGUUCAAGUUGACCUCUGAGAUGGUCGCAGUCAUGAGCGGUACACAUAACCCGGCGCAUCAUCCUAGCGGGACGUCAGGUAUCAGCUUGCCGGGCAGCAACUCGCAUAACCCGACAACCACACAACCGUACCGGUGGUUCGAGUCACUGGUGGUCAAGGCGUUCUUGGCAUCGCGGCCAUACUGCACCAAGCUGGCCCAUAUUGUGUCACUGAUGCUGGACAGCGGACUUCCGUGCUUCAAGCCCGAGACACUGAAGAACUUCCGGGAUCGAUUCGUGUUGGAGAAGAGCGAGCGCGACGCUGCGGAAUACAUGCGCGAACUGGUGCGCAAGUCGUACAUGAGCGUGUCGACUAAGGGAUACGAUCAAUUCCAGCUGAUGACAAACGGUAUUCCAUACUGA